AUGAUUGUUGGCAUAAAACCAAGACUAUACCCUACUUUCAUGUUGCUAGACAUUGGUUCUGAUGACACGUGGCUUCAAUGUGAUGGAUGCAUUCAACCUAAUUGUUUUCACAUCAUAAAUGGAAAUUACAAGUAUCAUGAUUCUCAAACAAUUAAGGGUGUUACAUGUGAUGAUCCACUUUGUGUUCCUAAAAGAUGUUCCCCAACAGGUAAUAAGUGUGUUUAUUCCAUAGAAUAUGAAGGGGGUGCAAGUAGUAAAGGUUUAGUUUUAUCCGAAACUUUCACUUUUCCUAAUCCUAGUGAUAAAAAAAACCCCUUUGUAAGUUUCAAUGGAGUUGUUUUUGGUUGUGGUCUUAUAAACAAAAAUAUUGUACUAUUUGGUAAGAGUAAUGAAAAUAAGAUAGGAGGAAUAUUUGGGUUAGGGACGGGGCCGAGAUCUUUUCUUAGUCAAUUGUCAGCCGAAACUAAAAUGCGUUUAUCUUAUUGUCUUAGCACACCAAAAAUACCACCACAACCUAGCUACUUGCAUUUUGGUGACGAUGCUAAAAUAAAAGGAAACUUCAAAACAACACAACUUUUGACUAAAAAUGGCAACGUCAAAUUGACAAGAUAUUAUGUUGUUUGCACUGGUAUUAGUUUGUCGGGGACAAAGCUCGCUAUAGACCCGAAACUGUUCGAACUAAAACCGGGUGAAGCAGGUGGUGGAUUUGUCUUUGAUUCAGGAAGUGAUGUUACGUUUUUAGUUGAAGGUGCUUUUAAUGUGUUGGAAAAAAAGGUGAUUGAUUAUUUUGAGAAAAAUUACAAGUUGCAUCCUUUUAAAGGACAUAAAACAGGUUUUGAACUUUGCUAUCAUAAUGUUCCAAACAAUGUUGUGAAACCUUGGCUUGUGUACCAUUUUAAAGGAGGUGCUGAUUUUAAGGUAGAUUCUAACAAAUUGUUUUUGAGUUUUGAUGAGAAGAAAUUAUUAUGCUUGAGUGUUGUGAUUUUGAAGGAUGCAAAAGUGCCAAAUAUAUUGGGAGCUCGUCACCAAUCUGACCAUGAUAUCCUCUUUGAUGUUCAAAAGAAUGAAGUUUCUUUUUCCCCAAUGCCAUAUACUUAG